GGGUGCUUGCAGGGCCCUAUAAAGACUCCAUUGCCAUGUCUAUCUUCUUCAAGUGGCUCUCCUUGUAAAGACUCCUGCACUCCAGUGGAGCCAUCGCAGAUAAGCUCCAUGAAUGGCAACAUGUGCGGCUCUGAACACGAUCACUCGCAUCAUGACCAUAAUCAUUAUUCACAACCUCAGCUAUUCCAGCAGUCUAAUCAACAGAAGGCAGCCCAUCUGCGUCAUCUCCAGCAAAAUCUAGGGCGAACUCAGCUAUCUGCAUCAGGAACCAGUACUUCUAGGCUCGAUGUUCAAGGCCCUUCUCGUAAUCUCCCGAAUGAGGUCAAUUGUGCUUCCAAUUCACUGUUUUUUCCGAGCACUUCUUUACCCGAUAAUCAUUCUGCUCUCUGA